UUUAUUUCUGACAUGAUGGACAUUGCUCAUCAUGUCCCAAGGUUGAGUUGCUUAAUCUUGGAGUGUUCACCUGCACCUUUAAAAAGCAGACCCCACACUCUAUUUAACCAGUGUGUGACUGAGAUGAGAAGUGAAACACAGAAAAUGAAGAGCUCUGUUGGACCUCUGCUGCUGAUCUCCCUUGCUGCUUUUGUCUCUGUGACAUUGGCCAGGAGUGUCUUCACCUUUAAGGAUGUCCUUGCUGCGGCCACUGCAGACUUCAACCAGAAAAGCCAGGAAACAAAAGCUUUCGGACCUCCGAAACAGGGUGCUUUGCGGUCAAUGUCAAUGUUUGAGCCUGGAGAUGGCUCUGUCAUGAUCAAGUCCAUCACAUUCACACUUAAGGAGACGGUGUGCCCCAAAUCAGAAGACUACCUAAAGGACGAGUGCAUCUUCAAGGAAAAUGGGUCUCUGAAGAAGUGCUCCAGUACAGCCACAGUCCUCAAGUCACAGCCAGGAGAGGCAGCGUCUCUGACAGUGUCCUGUCAGGAGGUCACUGACCCAGAGGAGCGCAAGACACUCUCAGAGCCUCCAAGUUGGACAAAAUACUUCAGCAACUGGUGAAGGCUGGACAAACCCACAGCAUCUCAUUUGACCUAUUCAUCAUGAUAGUGUGUUACUUUAUAAAUAAAAAUGUUUUCAUAAAACUCAUAA